CUGCGAUUGUCCCUCCCCCGCCCCCUCCCUUUUCUCCUUUCAUCUAUCGUUUAAAUCCCACCUCUGGCGGUGGGUCCUCUGUGUCAACCUACGGUUUCUUGGAAUAAUCUUAAAUUUCCCCAGAUAACACUCUUCGAGUGAAGACCCUCUUGGCUCCGCGCCUCUUGGCAGCCUACGCUACGGUGGACAUUCAGAGCACAUGUAGCCUAUCGGCGCACCGAGACAUAGUCACAGUAGGCAGCGGCUGUAAAUGGAAUUAUUGUAGUAGACCGUUGGGUUAUGUCGUUCGUCGUGCACAUCCGGCAGAGACUUCAUAGAAUCCCACUCGGAUCUGCGGCUGCGGGACCGGAAAAUUUGAUUUAAGAAAACCCUCUCUUUACAGGGUUUUACUGACGGAGGAUCCAAAGAGGCGCCGGGACAGGCUAAAGUGCUGUCAUUUAGAAGAAUGCAUCUUUUUAGUGCCAUCUUCCUCCUGCUAAUGUUAGCUGUCGUCCCCUUUGAGGCGCUGUAUCCCAGUUCAGAGGAGGGCUGGCAGAUCUAUAGCUCUGCCCAGGAUGUGGACGGGAAGUGCGUGUGCACUGUGGUGGCACCAGCGCAGAACAUGUGUAACCGUGACGCCCGCAGCAAGCAGCUCCGCCUGCUCAUGGAGAAGGUCCAGAACAUAACUCAGUCCAUGGAGGUGCUGGACCUGAGGACGUACAGGGACCUGCAGUACGUCCGCAACACAGAGUCCCUCAUGAAGACCGUGGACAGCAGACUGAAAAUGGCCUCGGACAACCCCAGAUCCCUCAACCCCAAGAGCUUUCAGGAGCUGAAGGACAAGGUGACUCAGCUGCUCCCCCUGCUGCCUGUGUUGGAGCAAUACAAGUCGGACGCGCGCAUGCUUGGGAGGCUGAAGGAGGAGGUGCGAAACCUGUCCCUGGUACUGAUGGCCAUUCAGGAGGAGAUGGGGGCAUACGACUACGAGGAACUGAGACAAAGAGUCCUGCUGCUGGAGACCAGACUGCACUCCUGCAUGCAGAAGCUGGGCUGUGGGAAGCUGACUGGAGUGAGUAAUCCUAUCACCAUUCGCGCAUCGGGGUCAAGAUUUGGCUCCUGGAUGACUGACACCAUGAUCCCCAGCUCCGACAACAGGGUGUGGUCGAUGGACGGGUACCUGAAGGGCCGCCGGGUGCUGGAGUACCGCACGAUGGGCGACUUCACGAAGGGCCAGAACUUCGUGCAGCACCUGCUGCCCCACCCGUGGGCGGGGACGGGCCACGUGGUCUACAACGGCUCGCUGUACUACAACAAGUACCAGAGCAACGUGGUGGUCAAGUACCACUUCCGGUCCCGCAGCGUCCUGCUGCAGCGGAGCCUGCCCUCGGCCGGCUACAACAACACCUUCCCGUACUCCUGGGGCGGCUCGUCCGACAUCGACCUGAUGGCCGACGAGAACGGCCUGUGGGCCGUCUACACCACCAUCCCCAACGCCGGCAACAUCGUCAUCAGCCGGCUGGAGCCGCAGAGCCUGGAGGUGCUGCAGACCUGGGACACGGGCUUCCCGAAACGCAGCGCCGGCGAGGCCUUCAUGAUCUGCGGCACGCUCUACGUCACCAACUCCCACCUGGCCGGCGCCAAGAUCUACUUCGCCUACUACACAAACUCGUCCAGCUACGAGUACACGGACAUCCCCUUCCACAACCAGUACUCGCACAUCUCCAUGCUGGACUACAACCCCCGCGAGAGGGUGCUGUACACCUGGAACAACGGGCACCAGGUGCUCUACAACGUCACCCUGUUCCACGUCAUCAAGACCUCCGGAGAUUAGCCUAAAAGGAAAGAGGAACGCCAUUAAAAAAUUAUUAUUAUAAUAAAAAAAGAAAGAAAAUAAAUGGACACUGUGGAGAUUUUGGGGGGGGGGGGAAACGGGAUUUUUUUUCUUGUUUUUUUUGUUUUGUUUUUUUUACGUUGGGAAUCUUCAUAGAGUGCUACAUUAUGAUUAUAUGUUAUUUUACAGAGAUUAUUGAUACCCCACGAUGAGGUCGGGAGAGGCAAAAAAAAAUCAAGAUGUUAAGGUUGAUCUUUUUAGUUUACUUUCUGUGGUGAGUGAGCAUGGUGAUUUUUAUUCGUGAUAAGAAAUAAAUGUAAAACUUUACCAUUUAAAAAAA